CCUAAGUAUGCUAAUUUUAGUUCUGCAUCCACUAUGGCUGCAUCUAAAAAUUUACCUACUGAACUUCUUCUCUCAUCUUCUCAGCUGACAAUAGAUCAACUGUUUUAUGUUGCUGAUCUAUUGGAGAGAUGUGGUUUCCCUCAGACAAGAUGGUAUGAGCUGGGACUGACAGUAGGACUACAUAAGGACACACUGGACGCCAUUAAAAGGGACAAUGACACAACAGAUGAUUGCUUAACUGAAUUCCUCUCCAAGUGGUUGUCCAGAGCUGAUAGUGUUGACAGUAAAGGAGGAGCUAGCUUUAACUCACUGUCAGGUGCUCUUAAAUCGAUGAAUGAGAAUGCUGUAGUUGAGAAGUUAGAUUCAAUACCUGUUGUUCAAGAGUUGGUUCAAGAGGUCACAAUCUCACUGCCCACAGACGGGUUUGUGUAUGUACCAGACUAUGUGCAACAUGUACCACUAGAGGCUCAUUAUCCACUGCCUGUUACUCCUGAAGUUAGAAGCAUUGCUGAAGAGAUGAAGAAAAAGGCUGAAAAGAAGCUCAACAUAAAACCAAGCUACACUACCUACACUCCUCUGUACUAUAUGAAGGAAGGAGAAACUGACUAUUGUAUAAGAUUUUCAGAGCCUGAAGAAAACAAACGAGCAGUAAAAAGUGCCGAAAGCGAUUGUGGGUGUAUUUGUGACAAGUUUAAUCUGAGACAAAGCUUGUUCAAUGAUCAAUAUCAUCAAUAUACACAUUAUAUUGAUGCUUAUAGAUAUUCAUGA